AGGAGGAGAGGAAACUAACAAGAAGGCGCGUACUGCUGAAGGAUAGCUGGAAAACUUAUUCAAGACUCAUUUCAAUUCAGGAAGCUCGUUUCUGCUUAGUAUUCAAAACUCAACUCACCGUAAAAUUAAACAGCAAAUAACCGAAGUCUACCGUUAACCGACGCUGUCGCAGAUUAGCUAGCUGAUAACGGUUAGCCGACUUCAGGGUUGUUCAGAUCAGACACCUAAUUUCAGUACAGAGAUGUCGCGGCAGAUGGGAGACAGCCAUCGAAGGUUUCUUCAAACUGUCAUGGCCAAUGGCAUUGUUGACGAACAAGGAGCGAGGACACUUUACCAGCAUUGCUGUGAAAAACACAACACACAGCACACCCCUGACAAACUGGACGAUUUCAUUGACACCAUCAACUCGAAGCUGCAGCCAAUGUUUAUGCAAAUUAGAAAAGGGAUGUCUGAGGAUGAUGGUCAACAGUACUACGCCUUGGUGAACAUGGCUGAGACUGACGUCACCAGAAUGUCCUCGGAUUACGCCGACAACGAGCUGGAGCUGUUCAGGAAAACGAUGGACCUGAUCGUGGGCUCUGAGAACGGCAAGGCCUCCUCCACCGACAUCCUGAACAGCACCGACACCCUGACCACCAAAAAGCUGAAGAAGAGCGAGACGGAGCACCUCUUGAACCGACUUGUGAAGGACAAAUGGCUCAGGGAGAAACGAGGUGAAUACACCUUGUCCACAAGAUGCAUCAUAGAAAUGGAACAAUACAUCCGCACAAUGUAUCAAGACCAGGUCAAAGUGUGCCACAUCUGUCACAACAUUGCUUUCCAGUGCCAAAUUUGUGAAAAUCCUACAUGUGGCAUAAAAAUACACAACCCGUGUGUGGCCAGAUACUUUAAAGGAAGAUCAGAGCCACGGUGUCCAGCGUGUGACGACUUCUGGCCACAUGAAAUACCUGAAGUCAGGCGGCCCCAGUCUCAGUCCAGGAGAUGAGGACCCAAGCCUCAAAUAGUUUUUUUGUUUGUUGAAAUUGUUUAAACACAAGUUUAAGCACAACACAACUGUUAAUAUAAAUGUCUUUAUUUUUACAGAAAUAAAUGAGAAAGCGAUU